AUGGUCCAGUGUCAAUGUCCAGUCCUUGUAAAGACAACCUAUAAAGAAAUAAUACCAUCAAGUUCUAUGAAGCAGCGCGUCCAUCUUGUGCAUGACUGUUUAUCCGGAGAAUGUGGUUUCGAGGAAUCAAAUCAUGAUGUGGUCGAAGAACGAGAAGUGAUAAAUUUGCAGCGAGUCUGUUGUCAUCGCCAUUGCGACAGGUCUGUCGACAUCAAAUUGCAGCGAGUCUGUUGUCGUGCUGAUGCGGGCAAGUAUCGUCAAGCCGCAACAAGCCGAGCAAAUGCAUCUGAUAGGGGGCUUGGUGGCAACAAUUCAUGUGCAGCCUGA